AUGCAAUAAGAGAAAGGAAGAGUUUACUAUGGAAGAUUUGUCCAAAAGGAGAAAUUAAGUUAAGGAUCUUUUGGAGUUGUUUAUAUUUGUCAUGAUAAAGUUACAAGAGAUUAUGUUGCCAUCAAAGUUGAAAAAGAAAACUGUGAUGUUAUGAGUUUGGAGAGAGAAAUUUAAAUUAUUGAAGAAUUAAGAGGGAUUGUUGGUAAAUCUUUAUUGUUAAUCUUAGGAGUUCCAAAAUUACUUUGGUAUGGAAAUGAAUAUAAUUCAAAUUGUAUGGCUAUGCAAUUACUUGGAAAAGACUUAUCAUAUUUUUUAAAAAGAUAUAAAAAACUGUCAUUAAAAACCAUUUGUAACUUGGCAGAACAAUUACUUACUAUAAUAGAAGAAGUUCAUAAAAGAGGCGUUAUACACAGAGACAUUAAACCUGAAAAUAUAUUAAUGGGAAGAGGAACUGAUUCUCAAUAAGUCUAUUUAGUUGAUUAUGGUAUUUCUAAAAAAUACCGUAAUAAUGGCUAGCAUAUACCAUUUUAAGAAAACAAGCCAUUUAUGGGAACAACACGUUACGCUAGUAUCUCAGCUCAUAAAGGUUAUGAAUUGUCAAGAAGAGAUGAUUUAGAAAGUCUUGGAUAUGUGUUCAUAUACUUAUUAAAAGGAAAUUUACCAUGGUAAAAUAUUACAUCGUCCUCAGACAGAGAAAAAACAAGGUUAGUGGGCAAAUUGAAGAUGGAAUUAGAAAUGAAAGAGCUAUGUAAAGGACUUCCGAAUGAAUUUUAAAGAUAUAUGGAUUAUGUAUAGAAAUUGAAAUUUGCAGCCUCUCCAGAUUACAAAUACUUAUUUAGUUUACUCUAAAAAAUGGCCUAAUAAAAUGGAAUCAAUUUUGAUAGAAAAUUUGAUUGGAAUGAUAAUUAAACUAGUUCUACCAAAUCGUCUGAUUAAGCAUAACAAUCCUUUAAUGAUAUUGAUGUUUCAAAUUUAUAGGGGGAUUAUCUAAAGGUACCUGAUAUAAAAAAAAGUGAAAAGAGGAAAUCUUUUUAAACCAUAGAAUAAUAUAGUUCUUAAUAAUCUUCCGUUGUCUUAAAUUAUGUGCCUUCAGUUGUAUCUAAAAUAAAUAGUAGAUUAAAAGACAGUCAUUAUUAAAGAUCUCGACAAAACUCAAAAAAGUCUCUAUCUAGAGAAUCUUCAUUAAUUCGAUAACCACUUGGUCAAAGAUUAUAAGGCUAAAUAUUUUUUAACGGUGAAUUCAGAGAUUUGGAAGAUAGAGAGAAGAGUAAUCACGAUGUUGUUAAAAAUUAACUAUAAAAUAAGCCAAAUAAAGUAAGCAAUUUUGAUGACUUUGAUGAUUUUGAUGAUCAGUUAAAUGAUGAUAUUGGAAUUUAAAAUAAUCUUAAAAAGGUAGGUGUUAUACAAGUUCACUUUAAAGAACAUCUAUCGAAGUAAUGA